AUGGAAUAUACGUGUUUGAUGUGCCAAGUUCGCGAAAUUUCCGUGAUCUACGUCAAAGUUCCCAACACGUCGUUCAACUUGCUCGUCUCUAUUGUUCAACGCGAUCGUCCCAUAUACAUGCUCUCAAUUUGCUUUUUGAACCUUUUGAUGCGUCGUCUCAAGAAACGUGCAGCAUGCCCCAGUAGCAGAAGUAGCAGGAAGAUUCCAAAAAAUAAGACACUACCACUUCGAAUGAUCCGCCGCAACCGCUUUCUUAAAGUUAGUUAUUUCAUGGAUUAUCUACGCUAUAAUAUCGAUGUAUUAUACAAACAAAUGUUUGUGCGAUAUACGUACACUAAGUUGCGUUCACGUGGUCGGCUUGUUAGAAAUCCUAAGCUAUUUGCACUCUUCUACUUUUUCAGAUAA